CAAUCCGCGUACAAAAAUAUAUUAAUACAGAAUGGAACUUUUAUCUUUUAAUUAAUAAUUUGGUUUAUACUUUAGUGAGUGAAAUAUCAAAUUAUUUUUCUUUUUAUUCAUUUUAAUAUUAAGAAUCAAUAUGUAUAAAAGAAAGUUUGAAAACGGGCAUUCCAAAAGAAAAGCGAAGCAGAGGCAGGCAUUAUUAGCAUGUGCUAAUGACAAAAAUCAAAAAAAGUUGUUUUUUCCAACUGCCCCAGCAGUUCAAGAUGGAAUAAGUGUGGUGCAAGAUGACAAUGUUCAUCAGAUUUCUGUCGAAUCAAAUUCAAAAGAAAUUAUUAGUGACCUUAGUUUUAGAAAUAAUGAUAAAGAAUAUGACGACACUGUUCACCAGAUUGAAUUAAAUCCAAAAGAAGAAAAAAUUACUAGUGACCUUAGUUUUGGAAAUAAUGAUAAAUCACAUGACAAUAUUGUUGACCAGAUUUCUGAGGAAUCAAAUUCAGAAGAUGAAACUAUUAGUGAUUUUAAUUUUGAAAAUAAAAAUAAAGAAUAUCUUGAUUGCCAAAAUGUUCCUCAAGGUUCAUUCAUAGCUAAUUUUAUCAGGCCAUGUAGAACUGAUAGUAUCACUAUUAAAAAUCAGUUCUUCAGUAAACAUCCUAUUCAGCCAUUUGUUAAGUCAGGUAAUGGGAAACUUGAUUUCAAGAGAAUAUACUUUAAAACAUUACCUAAUAAUAAGACAGUUCAACGAAAAUGGAUAUCAUAUUGUUCAGAAACAAUUUGUUUUUAUUGUUCUUCUUGCAUGGCUUAUGGGCCAUUGAAAAAACAUGGUGAAUUUGAGUCUAAGUUUAUUACAGGUUACUCCGCAAAUAUUAAAAUUAACAAAAGUCUGUAUAAAGAUAUUGAAAGACAUGAAAAUUCCAAUGCUCAUGAAGAAUCUGUAUCUACAGCUAUACGGUUUUCUCUUAAUAAAGAUAUAGAAAAUAUAAUCAACAGGGACGUCAUGGCUAAACGUGCUAUUGAAGUUGAAACCCGUAGAAAAGUUUUAGAGAGGUUGAUUGAUAUUAUUUUAUUCAUAGGCCAGCAAGGUAUUCCCUAUCGAGGGAAGCACGAAGGAGCUUAUUCUUUGAAUAAUGAAAAUCUAAACCAUGGGAACUUUUUAGAGCUUGUUAUUCUAAUUUCAAAAUACGAUGUAAUUCUUCAACAACAUCUGAAUACUUCCAUUAAACUUAGUGACAAAAACAAAUCCAAAAAAGGCCGUGGAUCGUUAGUAACAUUUUUGUCAAAGCAUUUCAUUAACGAUAAAUUAAUAAUACCAAUAGGAAAAGCUAUUCAAAAUGCAAUUAUCAAUGAAAUCAGAGAAUGUCAACAUUUUAGCAUUAUGAUUGAUUCAACGCAAGAUGUCAGUGUUAUGGAUCAACUGGCAAUAUGUGUACGUUACAUUCAUGGAGGAGUGGUCCAAGAACGAUUAUUGAGCUUGGUUAUUUGUCAUGAUUCCAGUGGUAAUGCUCUUUUUGAACUUUUAAAUGAAGAAUUACAAAAUCUACGACUAUCGAUAAAUGACAUUGUUGCUUGUUCAUUUGAUGGUGCUUCAAAUAUGAAAGGCAUUUAUAAUGGACUACAAGCACACUUGAAAACCAACAAUCCUAAAAUUGUGUAUACCCAUUGUAUGGGACACGUCCUAAAUCUUGUGAUGACAGAAAGUACAACCCAAAUCUCACUUGCUGAAAAUCUAUUUGGACUUGUUGAAACAUCAGCAGUUUUUUUAUCAGAUUCUCAUAAAAGGAUGUCUGCUUGGAUGGCCAUAACUAAAGUCAAACAUGUUGCUCAUAACAAGCUUUAUCGUCUUCAAAAAAUUGGAGUUACACGAUGGUGGAGCAAGGACAAAGCUUUGUCAUCUAUAAUAGAUAUAAACUUAGUCGAGAAUAAUCAAAAUGUGGAAAAUAGUAAAUUUGUAACAUUUUUAGAGUUUCUCAUUUCAGUUAAUGAAGGAAAUUUUAAUACCUCAUCAAAAUACAUGGCACGUUCUCUCAUUGUUGAUAUUGAAGAAAAUUUUUCUGAUAAGCGCAUAUCCAAAAAAAAGAAAAUGCCCGGAGAACAUGGCCAAGAUGAAUCUAGAAGUUUAAGUUCAUAUGACAGAUUUAAAUCUGAAGCAUUUACUAUUUUAGAUGUUAUUCUGAAUAGUAUAGAAGCAAGAUUCAUGCCAAAUGAAGGGCUUCUUAAAGAUUGUCACUGGUUGGAUCCUAAAACGUUUUCAUCGAUUAAUUCUAUAAAUGUAUUUCCUAAUAGUGAUUUAGAAACCAUUUGCGAGUUGGCAGGAGUAGAACGUAAAAUAUUUUGUAAUGAAUUGAAGCAGUUUGCUGGUCAGUUUGAAAGUUUUCAACCAAGUAUGGCUUCAGAAAGCAAAUUAACCGAAAAUAGUAUCCAUGAUAGCGAAGAUGAAGACAACACUGAAUUAGUAGACUGUGAUAAAUUUUAUAAAUAUGUACUCUUGUUACCCUCAACUCAAGUGACCUGUGAAAGGGUAUUUUCUAAAUUAAAACUUGUAAAGUCUAAAAUCAGAUCAACAAUAAGUCAACAACAUUUAUCACCUUUAAUGCUUAUGGCGAUUGAAAAAGAUAUACAAAUUCAGAAAACGCAAAUUAUUGAUACUAUAGCUAAGUCAUCAAAAAUGUUACACGAAUUACUUAUUUAG